CCCAAAGGGGCGUGUUGGUUUGUGAGUCGCUAGGGUUACUGGGCCUCAAGGCCCCCUGGCCGGGGCGGCGGGGUCACCUAUGGGCCAGUCCAAAAGCAAACCCAGAGAGAAGACAGUUGAGGAGGAAAAGACGGUCCCUACCAAUUUUGUUGCAAAAUCUAAGGAGAAAGUAAUGGAAAAGGAGUCCAAGCAGCUUGACAAGGAAACCUUGAAUCAACCUGCCGACACCCUGCUGUUCGCGGCAGGGACGUCCAAGCACUCAAGGCCUUCCUCUUCCUCUGAAGACAAACCUGAUACAAAACAAAAGUCGAGCAAGAAGAGAAAUGUCAUUCCGCAGAUCAUCAUCACCCAAGCCUCAAAUGAGACGCUAAUCAGCUAUGGCCUCCCCGAAAAUGAAGAACAGAGAACCAUUCAUGAACAGGCUGACUGGGGCCCUUACUACCGACACAGGAGCCCCAGCACAAUAGCAGCCUAUGAGGGACACAAGCCAGAAUAAAUGAGAGC